CAGAGAGAGAUCGAGAUCGCCCGCUUCUCCAUUUUUGUCCGCCAUUUUGUUCUCUUCCGUUGGGUUCCCUCCAAUUUCAAUUUCCACUGCCCGGACGACGGACGUACAACGAGAUGCAGCCGCACGAGCGUCGAGCGGCGCCGGGCCGCCGGAUGCUGGCGCUGCCGGCGGUGUGCCCGUGCGAGGCAAUUCAGCCGGGCCCGCUGCUGGCAUCUCUCCUCACCCUCGUAGCCGACGUCUCCGGCCGCGACGCCUCCGCGUUCCCCGCCCUCCGUCGAGGCGCCGGCGACGCCGUGCGCAUCGCCGGCGUCCUCCUCGCGUUCCUCGAGGAGAUCAGCGAGUCUGCCGCGCUUCCCGUUGCAGCGGUGCUCGGCCUGUCCGAGCUGCACGUGGCGACGCAGAAGCUCCGGUUCCUGCUCGCGGACUGCGCGAGGAAAGGGGCGAGGCUGUGGGUGCUGAUGAACGCCGAGCUGGUCGCCUCCGAGCUCCGCUUCGUCCUCGGCUCCGUGGCCACGGCCAUGGACGUGCUCCCAGCGGACGUGGCCGCGGCGUCCGUCGAAGCCGAGGAGCUCGCAAGGCUCGUGUCCGAGCAGGCCUGGUGCGCGGCCAGGGUGCGUCCGGACGCCGACGACGCGCGCGCGGCCUGGAGCGUGCGGUCGAUGCUGGCGCAGUUCAAGGGCGGCGCGACGCCGGACGCCGAGGACGCGCGGAUGGUGCUGGGCCGCGUCGGGAUCACGAGCUGGUGGCUCUGCGCCGAGGAGGCGGCUUUCCUGGAGGCGGAGCUCAUGGAGCGGCUGGAGGAUGGCCGCGAGGACGACAACGACCUCGUCCUCAUCAGCGGCCUCAUGGCGUUCCUCGUCUACUGCCGCGUCGUCCUCUUCGACCGCGUGGAUUCCAAGAACGCGCCGGCUGCUGCGAGCCAGGAUUCGCCGGCUGCUGCCAGCUGCGGCGCGACGUGGACGGGCAGCCAGGACGCGCUGCUGUGCCCGAUCACCCUGGAGCUGAUGAGCGACCCGGUGACGGUGUCCACGGGGCAGACGUACGACCGCGCGUCCAUCAAACGGUGGGUCAAGAGCGGGUGCCGGACGUGCCCCGUGACCGGCGAGAGGCUCCGCAGCGCCGAGCUCGUGCCGAACCUCGCCGCGCGCGGCAUCAUCGAGCAGCUCCUCCUCAGCCGCAACGCGCUCCACGAGCCGCCGAGCAACAAGCACCGGAACGCGGUCGACAAGACGGUGGCCGCGUUCGGCCCUGCCGCGGCCGGCGGGGUGCGCCUCGCAGCCGCGUUCCUCGUCUCCAGGCUCUCCCGUGGCAAUGGCACGAGCACAACAACGGAGGAGCAGAGGAAGGCGACGCAGGAGGUCCGGAAGCUGGCGAAGCGCAACGUGUUCCACCGGGCCUGCCUCGUGGACGCCGGCGCCGUUCCCUGGCUGCUCCACCUGCUGUCCUCGCCGGACGCGUCCGUGCAGGAGAACGCCGUGGCGAGCCUGCUGAACCUGUCCAAGCACCCGGCCGGGCGGGCCGCGUUGGUGGAGGCCGGCGGGCUGGGCCUGGUCGUGGACGCCGUCAACGUGGCCGCCAAGGCUGAGGCGCGGCAGAACGCGGCGGCAGUCCUCUUCUACCUCUCCUCCAACGGCAGCGAGAACUACUGCCAGGAGAUCAGCCGCAUCCCGGAGGCCAUCCCUACAUUAGUCUGCCUCAUGCGGGAAGGCGCCUACCGCGGGCGCAAGAACGCGCUCGUGAGCCUCUACGGCGUGCUCCAGAACAGCAGCAAUAAUAGCCAGAGAAGCAGCGUCAGCGUUGGCAAGGCGGUGUCGGCCGGCGCCGUGGGCGUUCUCGCGGGCCUCGUCCUCUCCGGCUCCGGCGACCGCGAAGACCUGGCCAGCGACGCCGUGGCGCUGCUGGCGAGGAUCGCCGAGCAGCCGGCGGGCGCGAGUGCCGUGCUGGCGAUCCCGGAGCUCGUGGAGGGACUCGUGGGCUUCCUGGGCGCGUGCGCGUCGAGGUCGGGGAAGGACCACUGCGUGGCGCUGCUGGCCUCGCUGUGCCGGCACGGAGGGGACGGCGUCGUGGCCCUGAUGGGGAAGAUGCCGGCGCUGAUGCCGGCGCUUUACGCGCUCGUCGCUGAGGGCGGCGGUGUCGGGGCCAAGAGGGCGAGGUGGCUCGUCAACGAGAUCCACCGGGUGUACGACCAGCGUCAGCUGCCGGCGGUCGCGCAGCCGGCCGGUGACCGUGCCAUUCGCGUCCAGCACACGAACUUUGUGUCCUAAGAACAUAAGGUGUACAUUUGAUUCCUGUAAAUUGGGUUAUUUUGGCGGCCUAGCUCGUAUUUUAGAAGAGCGCAAGGACGGGUUUUCAUACUACGACCGUGUGAGACAUACAACCGGAUACACACGGUGGUGUGAGUAUGCCAUGUAUGUAUGUGUAUAUAGUUGAACAUAGAACGAUGAUGUGAAAGUGGUUUCCAAAACUUGUUUAAUUGUCCUGCUCUUGUAGUACAUAUAAGAGAGUGUCAUAUAAACAAGGCUGCAGAACUGCAGUCCACGUGGUUUGUGCCGACUUUGAAUACACAAAGAUCGAACUCGUCUUCACGCAGCGAGAGAUAUUGGUGAUUGCAAAUUUCAUA